AUGCCCUGCGGCACUACACCCCAUCACUGCAUGCCCCGCCCCUCCCGCACUACAACUCCCGUGCUGGCCCGCGGCGCUUUUCCCGCGGUUUUUCGCUCUCCUCAGCGCCCCCUGGCCAUGAUGGCGGAGGCGCUGGAGCGGUGGCUCUGGGAGGAGAUGGAGCUGCCGCCCUCCGCCAUCCCCUCCCCGGCCGCGCUCCGCAGGCUCUGCUCCGGCCCCGCAGCCCCCAUUUGGGAUUACGUCACCCGCCACGUCCGGAACCAGCGGAACGUGAAGAAGAUCCGAGGAAAUCUGCGCUUGUACGGGCACCUGCAGGAGCUGGAGGCCGCUCCAGCUCGGCCGGGCCAGCAGGGGGCGCUGCGCGCGGCCGUGGAGCGGCUCCGGAAGGAGGUGCGGGACCUGGGGGACGCCAUUGCGGACGCACAGGAAACGGCGCAGCGCCUCGACGCCUUGCUGGAGGAGGCGCAGAGCCGGCGGUGGGCGGAGCUUCAGCGAGGGGCGGAGCUUCGGCUGCUGGGGGUGGAGCUUCAGCGAGAGGCGGAGCUUCAGCGAGGGGCGGAGUCGGGCCCGGCUGGGCUGCGGGACGGCCACGAGGAGGCGCUGAGGGCAAUCCAUAAAAGGUAA